AUGAUCGACAUCAAGCGAUGCUACUACACAACAAUUCACUCGCAAACGCUAUCCUCCGAUGGCCGUUUUCUGUUCUGUGGUAGUAAUUUCGGAGAGAUAUUUGUAUUCAGCGCCGACCGUAUAGCAGCAAGCAAUGCAGCCGAAGUCGGAACGACGGAACUCGAGAAGCUACCAACAUUGCCCGUGCAGACGUUCCCAAUUACGGACCGAUGUCCAAUCUACAGCUUAUCCUUCCACAAAGAUUUCCUAAUCGUAGGACUGAACGGUGAAAUAUGUGGCUACCAGUGGUCCAGCAAACUAAGCUCGAUCGGUAAGAAAUCAUGGACCGUAAAGCUGCCUGCCCCACGAGAGAGCGCAGAUAUGAGCGAGGUAAACUACAUGUGGUUAAACGAAACCGACGAAAUCCUGUACGCUGGCUGCGGGGAUAAUAUGUUGUACGGCAUUUCGCUCGAAGAUGGAAAGGUGUGUCGAGAAUUCCAUGGACACACGGAUUACAUACACUGCGUUGCCGGGUGCACAUCUAAACUAGCAACUGCUUCCGAGGAUGGAUUCGUCAUGUUAUGGGAUAGCCGACAAAAAGCUUCGUACGCAAAAAUUGAGCCUCACACAAAACCAGUACUGCAGCGACCGGAAUUCGGGCGUUGGCAGGGUACCGUUGCUGUUACGGAAGAUUGGCUAGUAUGUGGAGGUGGCCCUCGAUUUUCCUUAUGGCAUCUGCGGUCACUCGACUGUACGGCUGACUUUGAUUUUCCCGAUCGCGUGCACGUCUCGGGAUUCGCGGACGACCUUAUCUAUGCCGGUGGGGAUUGUCGCAAGUUUUAUCAGUACAACUUCAACGGCGAUAUAACGGCGGAGAUUCCGAUUUCCGGUUCAUCGGCGUACAGUGUAGCGCUCCAAACGGAACCGUACCGGUUUCUAUCGAUCGCUGGCGCAUCUUCACAGGUCGACGUGUGUACCAACUUCUCGUACCGCGACAUCAUUUUGAAUACGUACAAAAAGUAACACAGCGUUUACAUCCAUCUGCCGAUGG